AUGGAUGUACAGUCGGAGAGCUGCGAACCUCCGCCAUGUGACCCACAGCCUCAAGGUAAAAUCAGAAAAGCAUUCAAGCUGUUUGGUAAGCGCAAGCCAGGCAGCGGCGUCAGCAGCAUCUUCUCUGUGCGUAGCAAAGGUGAGAGUGGCCCCAAAUUGUCCAUCUCCAGGAGCAAGACGCUGGACGGAUUAACGGAGACGCCUGCACCGGAGGCAGAGCCUGAGCGUGUGGACCUGGAGCAGGAUGGAGAGAGCCAGAAGGAGGACCAGAAGGAGGAGAGCACGGAAAAGGAGCCAGGGAGCAAAAUCUCCAAUCUGGACGCGACACCCGCACGACAGUCCAUCUCCUCCGUGACCUCAGCCAAGUCUCUGAGCUUCCUCACGCUGCUCCGACGGAGCCGAAAGGGAGGUGGCGGGGGCGAGCGGCAGGCACAGACAGAAUCCCACCGACCUGGACGGCAACGCAAGGGCCUUAAGGGCCUGUUUGGCAGCGUACGUUGGCACCGAUCGGAAAAGGAGGAGAGCGAGGAGGCUCCACCUGGCCCUCUCCUCCUGGCGUCUCGCUCCAACAGUGUGGAAAUCAUCAAGGAGGACCUGACUCUGACCCCCAGGCCCACGCCACGUGCCUUGGAUGGCCCGGAAUCAGAGGAGCAGCCUCUCACUUCGCAGGACAGCCUACCCACCAAGGAAGGCCCAGGAAAGGUGAGCGAGUCCAAACCUACAUCACAGCCGUCCUCCACAUCCACCUCAGAGCCCACAAAUAAUCGGCUGAGUACGUUGCUUUCCGACAUUUCAUGCAUUCUGAGCUUUGAGUCGCUGUCAGGGUGUGGAGAUAUCGUAGCAGAUGUCGAAGCAGAAUGGGUCAAAGCCAGCAGCAGAGUCGAAGGAGCAGUCAGGUCAGCAGUCAUAGAUGAGGAAAAUGAAGAGAAGGUCUCACCUACAGGGAUUUCAGCCAAACCUGCACCCCCUCCUAUCACAAAGCCCAUCGUUUCCUCUUCGUCUACUCCUGCCCCUUUGACAAAACCUACCCCUUCACCUUCUACAACCAAACCCAUUCUAGCCCCAGCUGCUACAAAACCUUUUUCAACAGCUGUCACGACAUCUAAGCCAACUCCUAGUGUUACUACGGGAGGAAAACCUAUCUCCCCUCCAACAUCUGCAAGUAAACCCACCCCUAUAGCAACAAACAAACCUGCCCCGAAACUUGAAACGACGAUUAAAUUAGCAACUAGCCCCAAGUCCAAAACUGGCCUUGUAACUGCACCAACUCCUGAAACAACACAAUCUGCUGCUCAAACAACAAAACCGGGCCCCGUUUCUGUUUCUGGCCAAAUUGACAAAAGUGAGCUUGCCCCUGCUUCCAUUAAGGCUGUUGUGUCUGAACCCAUCCCUCCUCCCAUCACUAAGCCCCCGCCUCCGACAGUUUCUCCACCGUAUGGCCCUCCUCAGCCAAAACCCCAACCUGCAACAUCCCCUACCCCUACAACUACUGAAAUAGGAAAACCCUUGACUGUUACGACUCAGGAACCUCCAAAACUUGUGACUUCAGUCGCCACCCCUAAGACUUCUCCAAUGCCCACGAUCAGUCCAGAUCUACCCCUCACCACUUCAUCUGCACCUACCUCUCCCCCCAUUCCGUCUCCCCUUGUGACCACACCAGCUCCCAUUCCUACUCCCACCACUGCCCCAAGCCUGGCUCCCUCCUCAAAACCUCCAUCUGCACCUGCUCCAACUCCUGUUCCUUACACAAAAACUCCUCCUGCCCCGGUUCCACCUGCCACUUCUGUAUCUCCCCCUCCCCCUUCCCCUACCCCUGCUCCUAAAUCUUCUCCCACCAUUCUUCCAUCCAUAGCUCCACCUUCCGUACCUGCACCUUCGCCUCCUUCUCCUGCUACAUCCUUGCCUGCACCUUCUCCUGGCCUAGAAAAAGGCCAGACCCCUACUCCAAAAAAAGAGGAGGAACUAGAAAAUACUAGUCGCAUCAGGGGCAAAGACAUCACCAGUCGAGUUGAGGUGGACAACAAAGACAUGCAAGACGUAUUACACAUGCAGCCUCCAAGGGCGGAGUGUUUCGAGGUUCACCUGAGUCACCCUCCCGUCGCCCCCCAAGGGCCCUUGGCUGAGAAGAAGAGCACUGCGGUGAAACCGGCUGUACUCAGUAAGAUCCCCGUUAGUGGGGGGGGCAAACCAGGAAAACUGCAUGCCAGAGAGGUUCAGCCGAACGGGGACCUGCCGACCCCAGUGCAUGAGGAGGAAAGCCAACAAAUUAUUUUACAGGACAACAUUUGCCAAGAUGAGGCUGUCUCCCCCACCAUGGUAACCCAUGACCAUGAGGAUAGCGCAGAAAUCAAACUCAGCCCUCCACUCCAGCCAUCCUCUGUGCACACCUCAAAGGGAGCUAGCAGCUUACCAAGAGAUUCCAAGAUCCCUGUCAAACAGGGCUCAGCACCAAUGUACCACUCGGUCCAGGGAAAGGCCGCGGCCAUACGCUCCAAGAUCCCCGUGUCCAAAGUGCCAGUUCGUCGGACAAGCAGUAAAGGAGCGUCCACUGCGACGACGGCUGCCACUCGACAGUUUCCGGAAGGCAGAAAAUGA